AUCGAAACACGGAACAAAAACAAAAUGUCGUAGUUGAUAAUUUAUAAGUGCGUCUGUGUCGCGUAUUUUCCCACAAUUUAUAUACCAAGUUUUCAAUCUUUAUUAUCGACAGUCAUCAAACAUUCCUUACACUUAAUUUCACCCGAAAAAAAUCCCGGUCGACACCUCAGUGAAAAGUCAGUGACAGUGUUUUCGGAGUCUCAAGUGUGCUGCGUCGGUGAUUCAUUUAUGGAAUCUCGAGGCCGUGGGAGUGAAUAACAAAUAAUACGCGAUUAUCAGUUCUCAUUCCAGAAAGUGCAUUCCUAUCCGAAAUUGUAGUCUAACCCUUUAGAAAAGUUGUUCCGCGUGCCAUGCAUUCUUACCGUCCCCUGGAUUAAUUCCACUCCGGGAAGGAAGUUUUUCUUGGACAUGUCAGAGUCAGAAUGAAGGUAACCGUGUGUUUCGAUAAUGUGCGAGUGGUGGUUCCGUGUGGAGAUGGAACCCUGCUCGUCAGAGAGCUGAUGCACGAAGCGAUACUGCGUUACAAAAAAGCCACUGGCAAAAGCGACAGUGCCUUGACAAUCAGCAGUCUCUCCUCGCUAACGGGCGGCGGUCUUCUCGAUCCCGACGACAGGUUAUGCGACGUAGCGGACGACCGGGAACAGAUCGUCGCGCAUUUCCUCUACGAUGUGUUGCACGCCGGAGAUGGUGCCUCCUCCGUCGGGACGAACAGUCCCGACUUUCCCGCUGACAAGGAUCAUCGCUUCUGCCUCGAUCAAAAUAUCAAGCGCGAAACAAAGAGGUUAUCAAUGCACGUACUUUCGACGAGAGAGCCCUGUCUCACGACAUACACCCAGUCCCUACCUCGAGAAUCGCGUCGCAAAGAACCUCUCGGACAGGACGCGAAAUCUUACGAAAAUUUGCCACCCUCGAGUGAAAUUCGCGAAAUUGUGAUUAAAAAUGAAGCCGGGCCUCUCGGUCUGCAUGUAGUGCCGUGUUACGACUUAUCCGGGAAUGAUCAAGGUCUUCGAGUCGAGGUGAUUGAACCAAAUGGCAGGAUAGCGAAGGACGGGCAAAUUGAGCUGCACGACAAUAUUAUCAAGAUCAAUGGACACAAUCUUCUGCGUAUGCCUUUCUCGAAAGUUCAGGAGAUAUUCCGCACCUGCAUGAACGAGCCUUCUCUGCAAAUCUCGGUUCUGAAGAAAAGUGAAAAGUGUCUGAAUAUCAGCGCGGAGAAGGAGGAUGGCAAGAGACUCCAAAAUUACAAGAUUCAGAGCGCAAACACGCGAAAGAUCGGGAAAAUGAUUGAGAUCGAGUUGACCAAGGGCGGCAACGGACUCGGAUUUAGCGUCACGACCCGGGACAAUCCUGCAGGUGGUCACUGUCCGAUUUACAUAAAGAAUAUUUUGCCGAAAGGCGCAGCCGUCGAGGAUGGAAGACUGAAGCCUGGCGAUCGUUUAUUGGAAGUCAAUAAAAUGGAAAUGACCGGGAAAAGUCAGGACGAGGUUGUCGCCUUACUGAGAAGUAUCUCGCCCGGCGGGAGAGUCAAGUUGUUAGUUUCGCGACAGGAGGAGGUUGGCGAGCAAAUUGUCGUCGCCGAGGACAACACUCGCAACUGGAAGCGAUCGCCGAAAAAAAGUGACGAGGAUAAAUUCAGUUUCAAGGCCGUUCAUGUGUCAGAGUCGCGGAAAAAUCGGAUGGUUCUCACUCUCGACAUUCCUGUGCACGAUUCGGAAAAAGCCGGACUCGGUGUGAGUGUCAAGGGGAAGACGAGUAGCAGUGACGACAAUAAUGUGGAUUUAGGUAUAUUUAUUAAAAGUGUUUUGCACGGGGGUGCCGCCUCUCGCGACGGUCGUUUACGAAACAAUGAUCAACUGCUCAAUGUGAAUGGAGUGUCCCUCCUCGGUCUCUCGAAUUCCGACGCGAUGGAAACUCUGAGACGUGCUAUGCUCAAUACAAAUAGUCCAAUCACUGGUGUUAUUACUCUAACGAUAGCAAGACGAGUCUCCUACGAGGACAAGAGUUACCUGGACAAACCCUGCAAGCUCGAGUCCGCAAACAGCUACCUCGACUCGAAAAUCGAGAGGGUGAAGGACGCGAGUCAGGAUCUGGAGAAGGGUUCACUCCCAUCGCCCUGGAAUCCAGUUAUCGACAGAUUGACUGAACAGUACAAUAAAAAUAGUUUGCGCAACGAGAGCUACUGCAUCGCGACGAACAAGGCUUGGAUUGACUCGACGAGCAGUCUCAACAGGAAGUUGUCGUCGGGACAUAACCUGGAAUCAGUAUUAUUGGAGGAUGAGGUGAAGACUUCGGAGGACAAGGAGAGUCAGUAUUCCGGCGAUCCCACCUAUGACAGCCAACUCUCCCUCGAGGAGUUCAACUCCUCGAACAAGUUUUCGCGGGACGCUCUUGGUCGGCAGAGCAUGUCCGAGAAGAGGCAUGCUGCUCUCGAUGCCAAAAAUACCGACACCUACAAAAGGAAUAAAAAGUUGCGCGAGACUCGGGAAAAGAGUGGGGAGAGCAAUUCCGAGGUGGAAGCUGGCAAACGAUACAAGGAAUUGUACAAGGAAGUGAACAAAGUCAAGGUCGGCGAGAGUUCUUCAUUUGAUAGUGAUAGGAAGUAUGAUAAAGUGGAGCAACCCGAGUACCUGUACACCAUUCCAGGAUGUAAUAAUAAGAUUUCGCCGCGAAAGCACUGGCUUGUGGACGAUGUCCAGGGCGAUAUUGCGAAUACGGACAAUUUCCAGGAGGAGAGGGAAUCGAAGAGCUUUUCCAACAGUCGGGGCGACGUGAAACAGGCGUCUUUGAAUUCGGCUUUGGAUGACAGAUACAAGAGGUCGCGGAAAAAGGGAGGAAUUCGUUCGAUGCUGCGUUUGGGGAAAAACCGGAAGUCUCUGAAUUUUGGCGACAAUAUAGAAAAUCGACACGAGUCUAAUAAUUAUUGCAUUUUGCAGUCGGUUCAAAACUCAGUUUCGGUUCAGCAAGUCCGAUUUCGCUCCAAGAUCAACAUACAAAAGCCAAGGCCAUUUCAUCAUGAACGCGGCAAGGUGAUGAAACUUAUCACUCCGUUUUACCCAAAUCCUGAUAAAGGCAAGGCUUUGUGGGAGGUGUGUAAAAAAACGGAGAAAAAAGCAGUGAAGGCACUGGAGGAGAAUCCUUAUCAAGUGAUUAUAGCGCGAGAAGUUCGCAACUGGUUCAACAAUUCGAAAAUGGUCGCGUUCUAUCACAAAAAUUCAAUGAACGCCGAUGACGAUUUCAAUUUCAAAGUCAACCUGAAGCGAAGCAAUAUGUAUGGAAAAGCGUAUGGAAAAUCGAUAAUGCGAUUGGCUUUGAGAGACACAGUUUACGAGCCGGUAAUUGAGCUGUUUGGAUCGCCAGGAGUCCUGGUAUUCAGUCCGGAAGUUAAUGUCGCUGCACUUAAUAAAGCUGCCAAAAAGACACCUCAAGUGAUUCUAAUGGCUGGUAUAAUUGAGGGGAAGCUGCUAAGUCGAAACGAGUUUUUGGAAUACGGAAAAAUGGAUCUUGAAUCAGCUCGAGUGGGCCUGCUUUCAGUAUUGCAACAAGGCGCUAACAACCUAAACAGACAACUGACACACCAUCAGUCGACUUUGGUGACCCGGUUACAACAAAUUGGUGAUAAAAAUGAAUAAUUGGUGCCUAAAGUUAUGAAAUUUUUAUUGAUGUAACAUAUGUAAGACUUUUAUACGAAGCUUUAAGAGAAGUGCGGCUACGGCGAGGCACAUAAAUAAGUUUAUCGACUCGAUUAGUGAGAUUA